AUGACAAUUCAGCAGAUUCCGAUUUGGCUAGACUGUGAUCCCGGUAAUGAUGAUGCGUUUGCCAUUUUACUUUCUAUAUUUGAUCCACGUUUUCAUCUUCUAGGCAUUUCCACUGUUCAUGGUAAUGCGCCGUUGGAGUGGACCACACACAACGCUUUGGGUCUAUUGGAUAUCCUCAAUAUCCGCAACAUCAAGGUGUACACAGGUGAAGAGAGGCCCCUUGUUAAUGAACCUAAAUAUGCGUUGAAUGUUCAUGGAAAGACUGGUAUUGGAGGGUUGCAACUACCUUUGCAGACUCAAAACCAACCGAUUAAUCACCAUGCAUACCUCAGCGCCAUGUACCUGGCCAUUUGUCAGAAUGCUGGUGAAAUAUGUCUUGUAUGUACCGGCACUCUUACCAAUGUUGCGAAACUAGUUGAGAAACACCCAGAUGUUGUUGAAAAAAUCAAAUACAUCUCCAUCAUGGGGGGAAGUUUUGGGUUUGGAAACGCUACGCCCUAUGCAGAAUUCAACUUUCACACUGAUCCCCACGCCGCAGAACUUAUAGUUCGAGAAUUUCAGAAUAAAAUUGUGCUUAGUCCAUUGAAUCUUACACACAAAGUGAUUGCUACACCGGAGGUUAGAGAGCAAAACAUUUAUAAUCCUUCAGAUGAAAAAAGAAACUCCAGUUUAAGAAAAGGGUUCUAUGACGUAUUGAUGUUCUAUAGCCUAGCAUACAAAACGAGAAAAGGAUUUGCAGAAGGCCCACCAUUGCAUGACCCCAUCGCCGUUUAUAGUAUUCUACCACUUGUUGACCUGGAUCCUGAAGAGUACGGCUACAAAUAUGUGAGGAGAAGAAUUAAGGUAGAAACAAGUGGUAAAAAUGAAGGUGAGUCCGUGAUUAUUCUGCAGGAUUCUGGUGAUGGUGAUGGUGAUGGUGCUUAUAUUGGGGAAGACUUGGACAAGGGGAAAUUCUGGAAGUCUAUUGCAGAUGCGCUAGAAAGGGCGGACCUGAACUUGUAG